UGGAUGAAUUAAACCUGUAUCGUCGAUUCAAAGUUUCAACAUGAAAAUGUAUAUUUUCUCAGUUAAAUUUCUAGCCAUCGUGUUUUUUCUCUUAGAGAACGUUAUACGAUCCUACCAACAGCUUCCUAUUCCGGCAAAUUACCACCAGAUGGAUCUGCACAAAGCCAGCGGCCCGGAAAGCAUCGCCUUCGAUUGUAAAAACGAAGGGCCCUACGUCGGAGUAUCCGACGGGAGGAUACUCAAAUGGCAAGGGCUGAACCUCGGCUGGAAAGAAUUUGCAGUUACUUCGCCCAACAGGGAUAAGAAGGUGUGCGACGGGGCAACAAAUAUAGACCUCGAACCAACAUGCGGGAGGCCGUUGGGUCUAAAAUUCAACCGCAAGACAUGCGAUCUCUACAUCGCGGACGCUUACUUCGGUUUAUUAGCAGUAGGUCCGAACGGAGGCAAGGCUCGACAACUCGUGGCUUCGGCCGAAGGGAUCCCGUUCAAAUUGACGAACGCUUUAGACAUCGAUACCGAUACCGGGAUGAUUUAUUUUACUGAUAGUAGCAAUACUUUUCAAAGAAGGCAUAUUUUCUUAUCGGUAAUGAGCUUCGAUAGAACCGGAAGGCUCCUAAAAUACGAUCCUCGGACGAAACAAGUGACCGUAAUGUACAAAGGCCUAGCAUUUCCCAACGGGGUGGCUUUGAGUAAAGAUAACUCGUUCCUUCUCGUUGCGGAGUCGAUGAAAAUGAGGAUUUUGAAGUUUAAUCUCGGGAACGAAGGGAAUGGUUAUGUUUUUGAACAGUUUGUGCAGUUAUCAAGAACUCCGGAUAAUGUCAAGAGGAACGAAAAAGGAGAGUUUUGGGUCGGUUUGAAUAGCGGAAGAGAAGGUAUUCAAGACGAUUUGUUCGGGUUUGACAUGGAUCCUGUCGGAAUCAAAUACGAUGAAGAUGGAAAGGUUUUGAAACAGGUGGACGGGAACGGCGGGCUCACGUUUAGUUCCGUGAGCGAGAUUGAAGAAUUCAAUGGAGAGUUAUACAUAGGUUCGGUACUGAAACCUUAUGUGGGGAUUCUAUCCGCAUAG